CAUGUAUUUAGUAUGAUAGGAGUCGCUGCCGAUGUCUCUAUAGACGAAGCUAAGCUUAUUAUCCGAAGGUUACAGCUUGACGCUUACUACUGUCUUGUCAAUGCCUUCAGGGCGUCUGGCUAUCUUACCAAGACUAAGCUGAGGAUACUUCAGGAUCUAUCUUUAUACUUUCAACUAUCAACUGAGAGGCAUCAAGCUGAAGUAAGAAGAGCAGUUAAUGAUGAAGAACUUACCGCCCUAGCUGACCUGGUGACUAAAGAUGACUCCUCGUACGAGUGGAUCUGUGAGGGUAGACAUCCUGUACCGGUCUAUCUAGAGGACACGUCCUACAAGCUCCCCCGAUAUGUAAAGCUACGUAAGGAGAGUGUCAAGAGCGAGAAAAUCAAGGAGAAGAAACCAUGCAGUGUGGUACCAGUGGUUAAUACCCCUGUUAACUUGAGCAAGGGUACCCAAACUCCGGGCAUAAAGAAAGAGCCAGGAGAAAAAGAGAAAGUGGAUAUUAAACAAGAGGAAAAUAGUAUCGCCUCCCUUCUUUCUACGACACCGGACAUACUGGAUGCGUUAGAGAUUGAGCGCAUUAUCGAGGACUGUGGAGAUUCCUUGCUCAUGUACAUUCCACUUGACAAGAAACCAAACCCACAAGAACUGGAGAUACCAGCACUCCCGGAGAUUCCACUGGUCAUUCCGGUUAGAGUUGGAGAAGAGUUCGGUAAGAUGAUUCUAGAACAAGUUCGGAACACAAAAGAUCAGACUGGACACAUCCAGAUUCCACUGGACUUAACCAGGAUCACUAAGGAGAGGCUAGAGAAGAAGAUAAAACAGAGACAACGGAGACCAAACAACCUGGCUCUCACUGAUGGGUCUGGAGUACCAGGGGUUAAGAGACGGAGGAAGAAGGGGGUGCUACCCCCAACAGCUAGUCCCAGCAUGCACAGUAUGUUAGAGCACGGUGACCUGGGACCUACCCUCACAACCCCUGAACCACCUACUGAUCACCUUCUCAAUAAGGACAUCUUGGUAAAAGUUGGACCCCCUCCCGGACCACCGCUUCUAACCAAAGCUCCUCCUUACGAUUUGCAAUCUCCAAGUUUUCACGGGUUGCAGCCCCCGAUGCUCCAGAGAAUGCCCGGUGUACCCGUUUCUGGUAUGGCAGGGGUCCAGUCCCCCAUCAAGAGCUCAUACCCUCCUUCUACCCUCAUCUCUCCCUCUAAAUCUUCAUAUAGCCAGGGAGCCAAGUCAUCCAGUUCACCUCAUACUCCGGGUCUCCUCCGGUUCCGGAGCUCGGAGGAUGAAGCCUCCCGGAGUGGCACGGACCCUCUUAAAACUCCGGAGAUGCUCACUCAGGAACAACGUCACGCCCAGAAACAGUGGGCAAGUAGAUCCGAGGUGGCGUGGCAGGAGCUGUCCAGAUCAGAACCCAACUCUAUACAAGUUCAGCGACACUUCAGCCAGCAGAAGGAGGGUGGCACUGAUCCACUGGGUAAGAGGAAAUAUAGUGGUGGUCAGGAGAUACAUCUUCUUACUAGAGAACAGUGGAUUAGCGACCAUAUUCAGAGUCAUGUUGCAGGAGCCGCUAAAGAAACAGAGCAAUUGACUCCUGAAAGAGCGCUAGAAAGUGUGAAGGAGUCUCAAAGAAUGAAAAUAGCUGAGUUGGAAUCCGAGAGGAGCCGAACUGAUGACUCUGAAAGGAGAAAAGAGGAAGAAAGAAUGAGAAUAGAAGAGAGACUGAAAAUAGACGAGAAGCACCGCCACGAGGAGAAGCGAGCUCAGCAGCACUUAAUGAAACUGGAGGUACACCACAAGACCGUUAAACUGGACCACAAGCCAGGGAAGGAUGCAGCGGGGGAGGCCAUCAGGAAACACGAUCCAACAACUAGUUACCUUAGCACCUACAUGCCCAAAACUAACCCUAGUAAGGGCCCAAGCAGACAGGGUAGUGUCUCUAAAGUGGGCAGGACUAAAGGAAAACAGAGCCCAGCUGACGGGCAACAGUCAGAUGGUCAAUAUAAGCUUGAGACUUCCACCAACAGGGUCGAAGUUUCGAAGAAUGUUAGGAUUGAAUCGAUUCCUCAGGGCAUUCCUCACUCGAUAUCUUCUAGUAGAAGUGAGCACAGUGCUAGUACUUCACAUUCCACUGACAAGAAAGAAGAUCGUUCGAGCGUUAAACCCACUAUCCAAAUACUGACGCAGACUCCCAAACUCUCUCAAGAAUACAAGCAGAGCGAGUACACCCACCACUCUCGGGACAUGACGUCACACUCACGUGACGUCACAUCUCACUCACGUGACGUCACGCACCUUACACAUGACGUCACGUCGCACUCACGUGAUGGUUCACAUCGCUCGCGUGAUUCUGGGCAGCCUUCACGUGAUAUCACAUCCCACUCACGUGACGUCACUCAACUAUCACGCGACUCACAUCAUGUUCGUGAAAUCUCCAUCCCAUCUUCUUCACAAUCGACUCACUCUUCAACCAAACCUGAUUCGGAAAAGAAGAUCGAGCACAUUGUCAGUGAACAUUCGUCCCAGAAACAAGGAACGGCACAAACUACCACUAAACUUACUACCACAGCUCCCACUAUUUGUGUACGAGCAGUUUCAAAACCCAGUUCCAGUCAACCUAAACCUUAUAUUCCGUACACCACUAAAGUCAGCUCCCAAGAGAUGCAGAUGACAAAUCUGUACCAGCAGCAGCUACAAUACCAGCUGGCCAUGAUGCAGCAGCAGAGUAGCCCUAUCAGAACCAGUUUGUCACUCUACAAACCAGGCUCCAAAGAUCCCGCUCCCAAACUGUCCUCUCCAAUGAUGGAUGUCGGUGGAAUGUAUCCUCAGCAACAACAACAACAACAACAACAACAGCAACAACAACAACAACAACAACAACCGCAACAACAACAACAACCGCAACAACAACCGCAACAACAACAACAACAACCGCAACAACAACAACAACAGCAACCGCAACAACAACAACCACAAAAAGACAAAGCUGACAAAAUUCUCUCCGAACAACAUCGCCACAUCUCGGAGAAACAGCGCCAGGAACAGCGCCAGCUGAGCGAGCAGCAGCGGCAGAUGACCGACCAGCAGCGCCAGAUCAUCCUCCAGCAGUCUGGUUACAGACUCUCCACUGGUGGUCACGUGGUUGUGGGAAAGUUCCCCGGCUCUGGGUUCGAGCACAUGGCCCAAGCUCAACAGUACCAGCUAGCUCUAGCUGCAGCUACACCUCCCUCUAAAUCUAGAACUACUUCAGUCUCAGAGUCAAGUUCCAGAUCAAAGCCUCCUAAACAAUCACCUUACGCUCUACCUUCAGGGAAACCCUUUGGUACGUACAUGCAAGCCCAGCUGACUAAACCCCACCAGAGUGUCCCAGAGACUCGGCCCCGCAAGGGUGGAACUCCAGAGGACGUUUUCAAGUUCCCUGACGAUGACGAGGAGCGGAAUAGUCUCCGGAGAGCAGAAGAGAGACAGAAGCAGAUGUCGGGAGGAGACCGACGGGAGAAGGAGACCGACAGACCGCUAAGUUACCAGCAGAAACAGCAGCUCCACAGUAAAAUGCUACACGAGAGACAGAUGAUGGAACUGCGAGCUAUACACGAACGGAAAGUGGAGGACGACAUUAAGCGGUUUAAGGAGGAGUUUUGUAAAAAUAUUGACAAGAUUGCCGGGGAACUUUCCAUUCCGAGCACAAGUCAGCCCGAGCCCCGAGAACACCACCCGAUAGUUUCCCACGCAGCCUCAUCUCACGCCUCAUCCACCAUGAUGACGUCAUCACAGAGAGAAGUGACGUCAUCGCACAAAGAGCACGUGUCAUCCCACGUGUCAAGUAGUGAGAGGCGCGGUGUGGAGGUUCAGCACUAUCUCCAGGAGGGUAGGGGUUAUCCAGCGCAUGGCCUGACCAUCACCACCCCUCAUCUCACUCUCCCUGCUUCCUCUGGUCAUCUUGUCACCAGCUCCGGGAUCAUCAUUACUCACCCGCAUUCUUCAACUUAUGAUUCAGUCGAGGAUUACAACAAGAGAAAUAAAAGGAAGAUGGCUGGACAGGACUACAUCAACUCCUUACUUAAAUCAGCGCUCAGCCUACUACAGAAGACCCUGAAGAUCAGACCCAAGACACGUCUGGUUAACCCGAGCUAUCCUCCCCACAUCUGGCACCAACAGAGCAUGGACCCUAAGUUCGUAGAGAAAGGGCUCACCCCCAUAGAUCUCAUGACAGUCAAGAAGAAGCUUGAGUUUGGCGAGUACCCAUCAUUUGAAGCGUUCUACAACGACGUCACUCACUUUCAGAGAAACUACUCGGAAGUUUACCCUGCUGAGCAUCAGCUACGCCAAGAGAUAGACGAGAUUAUGGGAGUGUUUCUGAAGGAGCUGAACGAAAUAUACCGUGGAAUAUCGCCCCAUCAGGCCCUGCCCCCUGCUCCUAGUUCAAAGAAGAUGAAACCAGACGGGUCAUGAGAUUUACGAGAAUAAAAGCCACAUUUUUAUAAGUAUCAUGUCAGGACAAACACUAACAAAUAAGUUCGCGCUCUAAGUUUAAGCGGUGUUAUCUUCGAUAUUAAACUUGAAGCACAAGAAUGAGGCGAGGGAGACUCCCUUCUCCGCUUGUAUGCUAUUAACCUUAUAUUUUGUACUUAGCUUUUAAUAUGAUGAUAUUAAUUCACAACCUGACGGCAGUUCUAUUUCUAAAGUUGUACACCUGCGUCCUGCACUUCGUUUAUGGGGAUUGGAAACAUACAUUUAUACAGCCUAGAAAGAGCUUUAUGAUAAUUUGUUGUUUAUGAUAAUUAUGCUAGAUUAUAUCGUAUAAUUUAUUAAGUUAUUGUGCUGUUAAAAACAUAUCAUAGAUCGGUAAUUAUCAAUUUAAAUGGAUGAUGAUUAAUCACUCUACACUCAAGUUCAACUGUCACGUGACUUAUUCAACCCGUUCUCUAGCUGGCCCUGAACGACUAUUCCUAACCCUCUAAUCUGAUCCCAACCCUAACUAGUGAAAUCGAUCCCGAUCUAAAUAUUUAAUCCCAGGAUUCGGAAAUCCCGGGAUUCCCGAAAAUCAGGAAACUCAUCGGAAAUUUCCCUUAAUGCUUUAAAAAUAUCUAAGUUCGAGUGUAGAGUGAUUUAGCACGCCCAAAUUUAAGUAUGAGAUCUAACACGGUUAUUGCACCAUUGUUUAUAUAUAAAUAAUUAUAUCAAGCUGACAUUACAAAACUUU